AUGAAGGCUCUCGCCCCUGAUCUCGCAGCUCUUGCGGGCCUCUGGUGCGCAACCGUUUUGUAUGGCGUCAAUCUCGUCUUGUAUUUCUGCUGUGUGCACGUUCUAAUCAGACGUAGGACAUCGACUUCAUGGGUCCUUCUUGGUGGUGCAACUGUACAGUUCAUAAUUUCGACCGUCCACAUUGCGGCAGGCUUAAGGUCCAUGAUCGAGGGAUUCAUUUGGAGCAAUAAAGUGCCCGGAGGCUCGUACUACUAUUGGGAGGACAUGACACGAACUGUGUAUAUUUUACAGGAAGCGGCAACUGUCACUAAUUGUCUCAUCGGCGAUACCAUACUCAUUUGGCGUUUAUACGUCAUCUGGGAUAAGAAGAUCCUUGUUUGUCUCUUCCCCGUAUCUGUUGUACUCGCUUUUAGUGUCUGCGGUUACAUCUCCAUCUACCACUUGUCUCAUCUGAGCCUAUCGGAUGUCCAGGCGGAACUCCAGACGGUGGAUGAUAUUCUCAACUGGCUGCAAGCUACAUGGUCUUUAUCACUUGCCACCCAGAUCCUCGUAACGACGUUGAUCGCAACGCGUAUCUGGUGGGUGUCAAAACAAGCGUUAGCCCGUGCUUCUGGAAAACGGUCCAAUCCGUAUAUGACUGUUAUACGGACUGUGAUCGAGUCUGGUGCUAUAUACGCUCUCACUGCAGCUUUAAUGCUCGCUUUCUUUACGCAGCGUAGCCAGGCGAGUACGGUCAUGGCAGAUGCUUUAGGACAGAUCAGCGCAAUGGUUCCUGCGUUGAUCAUAGUCAGGGCCGGGUUGGGAUAUUCUCAAACUGGAUUGUCGACAGAUCGGAGGGAGUCGAGUUCUGCGGGCUCCAAGUAUAGAGGUCCCUUGCAUAUCACUGUGGACCAAAGUGUGUCAUACGAUUCAGGAUUCAAGCUUUGA